UCAAGUACUUCAGACUAAGUGCUAUUGCAUUGUCUUGUUAUCUUAUGCAAAUCUACUGUGUUGACUGGUCCUUUAACUAUGUUGUCCUGACACCGGAGGAACCUCUACCACUGCUGAACCGGGAGGGAGGAAGGGGGAUCGAAUUCUUGCAGAGACACAACAGAAGGCAGAGAGGAGAAUUAGCUCAAUUUAGUAGUAAGGAUGGCUUCAAGAAAAAGAAGAAGCAGUAUCUGGAUUCAUUUUGUUGAGGUUGGUCCACAGAAGGCAAAAUGCAAGCUUUGCAACAAUAUUUUGUCAGGCCAAGGAGGAACAACUUCAAAUUUCAGACGACAUCUGCAAAACAAACAUCCUACUGCAUUGCUUAUGCAAGUUGGACAAGAGGAUUUAGCAGAAACCAUACAAGCAACAACCAUCAUCAGCACCCCGUCCCCUAAAACUGAAGCAUCUACCACAUCUAGAAGGGGCAUCGUUGUAAAAAGGCCUAGGAAAAAUGUGAGACCACCAAUUCGCCCCAAGAGAGAGAGAAACAUAGAUGAGGAGUUAACUAAAAUGAUUGCUCUAGAUUUACAACCUUUUUCAAUUGUUAAUGACAAGGGAUUUAGGAAUUUCCUAAAAGCCAUUGAUCCAUCGUACAUUUUCCCAAAUAGAAAGACACUAUCAGCAAUUGUAUUGCCACAGCUGUAUGACAGAAUUAAGGCAGAACUGAUGGUGAAAGUAAGCAAUGCCUCUGCUGUGUGUCUGACAACUGACUGCUGGACAUCACAGACAAAUACUAGUUUUAUGGCAGUCACUUGUCAUUAUAUAGAUGAUAAUUUUAAACUUGUAUCAUCUCUGCUGGACUGCUUUUCAGUUACAGACAACUUGGCAAAUGAACUUAAAAACAUUUGUGAAGAGUGGGGCAUCACAAACAAAGUUGUUGCUUGUGUCUCUGACAAUGCAAGUAAUAUACAAGCAGCUAUACGGCAGGCUGGAUGGAAGCACGUGGCCUGCUUUGCCCAUUCAUUAAACUUAAUCGUGAUGGAAAGCUUAAAACAUAUUCAGGAGACGGUGACAAAGGUGAGGAGUGUUGUACAAUAUGUCAACACAAGCACUGUUGCAACUGAAAGACUAAAAGCCACACAAAGACAAAUGGGCUUUGAAGAACUGACGCUAAAGCAAGACGUUGUAACAAGGUGGAAUUCUACAUAUUACAUGCUGAAAAGAUUUUGGGAGCAGAAAGAACCCAUCAUUGACAUACUUGCCUUGGUCAACCCCAGCCUUGCAACCCUGACACUUGAUGAGUGGGACAUAAUCAAAGAAACCUGUGAAAUACUGAAGCCCUUUGAAGAGGUUACUGUUGAAAUCAGCGCAGACAGAUAUGUAACUGCAUCAAAGGUCAUUUUAAUGGCAAGGGGAUUGCAAAAAGCCGUUCUAAGAUCACGGGGAGCUUGGUCCACUCAUGUCCCAGUUAUUGCAAUGCUGGAGGAAUUUAAAGAACAAAUGCAAAACCACUUCCACCAAAUCGAACACUUCCGUCUGCUAGCUGAGGCAACCCUCCUGGACCCUAGGUUUAAGCAAAGGGCUUUCCACGAUACAACAGCAUCAGAUGAAGCAGCCAAAAGUAUCACUACAGCUGCUGCAAGACUUGCGACCGGUACCCAUGGGCAUCAACCUCGCCCUGCAGAUGCCCCAGCCUCUACUCCAUCAGAGCAGUCUUCUUUCUGGGAGGACUUUGAUGAGAGAGUGGCUGAUGCAGUCACCCUCUGCAACCCUACUUCCACUGCAAUGUCAGAAAUGAGAGGCUAUCUUGCCGACCCCCUGGUACCAAGGUCUGAAGACCCAUUGGUCUGGUGGAAAGCAAGAGAGAGCAUCUAUGAAGGGCUAACGGCUAUUAUGAGAAGGAGACUUUGCAUUGUAGCUACCUCUGCUCCUGCAGAGAGGAUUUUUUCAAAAGCAGGGCAGAACUUUUCAGAAAGGAGGAACAGGCUGAGUCCAAAUAAAGUUAGACAGCUCGUAUUUCUAAAUGCAAAUAUCACCACUCCUGAAGAAAAAUCAACAUAGAGAGGGGCAAAUACUUUCUUCUGUUUAUUUAGGUUUUCUUUAUCUCCCUUGUUUGUUAAAGGGACAUUAUUGAUGAAACCCAAAAAUGUUAUUUAAUGAUUCAGAUAGAGAAUACAAUUUUAAACACCUUUACUUCUGUUAUCUAAUUUGCUUCAUUCUCUUGGUAUCCUUUGUUGAAAAAAAACAGCAAUGCAAAUGAGAGCCAAUGACAUGAGGCAUAUAUGUGCAACCACCAAUCAGCAGCUCUUGAGCCUACCUAGAUAUGCUAUCUAACAAAGGAUACAUAGAGAACAAAACACAUUACAUAACAGAAGUAAAUUGGAAAGUUGUUUAAAAUGGCAUUGUUGUAUCAAGAUAGAAUAGAAAGUAUUGUUUAAGUUAGGUAAAUAUGUAAGUGCUAUUUUUUUCUUGUUAUUAAAAUUAUUUAUGUUCUUUAUAAUACAUUGAUACCAUUUUAUUAAAGCAUUGUUUAUUUUUAAACCAAA